UGUGAGAGCUGUGAUUGGUCACAGCUUGUCACAUGGUACAAGGCUGUUGUGAAUAGCCUUGUACCAUGUGACAUCUGUGACCAUUCACAGAUUUCACAUGUAGUAAGCACAUUCAUGUGAUCACUGAUUGGCCAAUCAGUGAUCACAUGAUCGGGACUUCACACAGAGGUCCCAUACAGCGAUCGGUGUUCGGCUGUGUCUGGAGGAGCACGCACUGGCUGAAAAAAAAGGGCGCCGUUUGUGAACGGCAAACCGCUCCUGCACUGUUCCCAUCCGGCCGUUUUUAUAUACUGUACAUGGGCCGGACGGGAAGUGGUUAA